GGGGGGUCCCCAUGCAUGCAUGGGCUUUAUUGUCGGUACGCGCGGGACCCCCCCUCCGGGUCUUGGCUAGGUGCAAACAGAUGCGCACUUCCGCCGCACAAUCCGACCUCCCGCACCGCUAGCUCAGCGGAUCCGAGCGACUGCGCAGGCGCCCGGCGCGCGCUCCCGCAUCGUCUCUCGCCCCCCUCAAAGCCCGGGCCCCCGCCCAAGCGAGCGCAUGCGCGUCGUCGUCGUCCCCCCCGCGUCGGCGCGCUUUCGGCUGUCUCCGCACGCGCCCCGCGCCUGCGCAAUCGACCCCGGCGGCCCUGGGCGCUGAGGCGACGACGACGGCGGCGGCGGUCCCUGAGGCGUCUGGGCGGCGGUGCGGCGACUCGAGCGACGCGAGGCCCGCGCGGCCGGGGAAGGGCGAGGCCAGGAGCGGAGAAGAGCUUUAUGGUGUUCUUGGAAAAUGUUGCACCUCUUGUGAAUUCUCUGAACCUUGGCAUUGUCAGCCCCUUUCUGUUGGGCCUCCCUCCUUUACAGUUUGCUCAGAUUAAGACCCAGUUGGCUCUUCAUCCGUUCAACUCGGUGGCUCCCAACUAUUCUGUAGCCGCCUCUCCGUUGUUAAAUGAGGUGUUCCUGAAACUAGCCAUGUUUAACCCUAGAGGAAGCAGGCCGCCAAGGCCGAGAGGACCUAACAUGCCUGAUCCAAUCCCGCAUGGGCCCUUUCAUGGGCCGGGACCUGGACCAGGUGGUCUUCAGAGGCAGCUCCCACCUAAUUCUGAUGGAAUGCCCCAAAGGUUCAUGGGAUCAGAAAUGAGGGCAGGCUUUCCAAGGCCGAACAUUCAGGUGCCUCCACUCAGAAUGGACCCAAGACAAACGGCCAAGAGACUGAAUAUGGAGCAGCACCAGCACCACCAGCAGCAGCAGCACCACCAACAGCAGCACCACCAACAGCAGCAGCACCAACAGCAGCAGCACCAACAGCAGCAGCUGCCGCAGCAGCAGAAAAUGGAAGGAUGCGGUUCUCAUUGGGACAACCCGUUUCCUCCUGGGAAUAACAGCCAGAGUCAGCCCAUCCCAGGAAGGAUGGCAGACUAUCCCCCGCCCGUUCAAAGCCGGUAUACCAACGAGAGUGCCUCAAGUAUCCUGGCGAGCUUCGGAUUGUCCAACGAGGACCUGGAAGAACUGAGUCGCUAUCCGGAUGAUCAGUUGACCCCCGAAAACAUGCCUAUCAUUUUAAGGGACAUCCGCAUGAGAAAAAUGGCUCACCCGCUGCCGAGCUUGCCCCCUCAGAGCAGCGAAAAGGAGAACUUCCACGGCGACGACGGCCACGGCCCCAUGAUCAAGGGCAAAGUAAUCGAUUAUGGGCACGAGAGCAAAUACGGCUACGACGAGGGCCCCCUCGACGUGAAGGUCUACGGUUCUGAUGGGCCCCCCAAAGACAGCCUGAAAGGAUUUCAGAGCCAGCCGACUCCGCCGGCCGGCAUAACCAGCAAACAGAUGAACGCGGUUGAAGAGUUAAUCCGGCAGAUGGGAUUCCAGAGAAGCGCGCCCAGCACCCAGUCUUUUUUCUCCAUGGACACCUCUAACAAGAUGUCCGGAUUGUGUCUCCCUUCAACAGGAACCGGGGUCGCUCCAGCAGCCCCACCCAUCAUGCCGCCUGGGGCACCGCCCCCCCUACCUCAGCCGGGGAUCCCACCCGUUCGGCAGGCUUUGCCUCCCCCCUCCGUAGCUCGGCCCAUGAUGCCGGCUAUGAACCAGCCGCCGCCGCCGUUUGCACCUGAAAUGCUGGGCGGUAUGAACAGGCGUGACCGGGUUCACGAGGAGCCCAGGCCGCGGCCGAGUGCUCCCCCAGGACCGGCUCCUCCUCCUCCUCCUCCCACUGAGAAAUCUUUCCGGAAAGAGAUCGAAGGGCCGAUCAAGUCUCCCUUUGGGGUGGUGAAGGCUUCCUGGCUCCCGGUUUUCUCCAAGAUGGACGCCCAGAAAAUGAAGAGGCUGCCGACGCCGUCCAUGAUGAAUGAUUAUUACGCUGCAUCUCCGAGAAUAUUUCCACAUAUGUGUUCUCUGUGUAAUGUAGAAUGUAGACAUUUGAAGGAUUGGCUUCUGCAUCAGAAUUCUUCCACCCACCUUGAAAGCUGCCGCCAGCUACGCCAACAAUACCCUGACUGGAAUCCAGAAUCCCAUUCAUCAUCAAAAAGACAAGAGGGCGAGAGAAAUGAAAACAGCGGGGUCAGGCGGCGUUCUGCCAGCAUUAGCCCCAGGCGUUCGAGACGUUCCAGUUCUGGGCACGCCAGACGUCGAACCCGGUCCCGAUCCAGGAGUCCCAGGCACAGGCCAGGCAGGCCAAGGAGUCGAAGUCCACGGCCACCCCCCAAUUUCAGACAAAGGUCAAGGUCUCCGUGGCGGCCUUAUAACCCCGCUUCGUCGUUUCAAAAGUCUACCAGCAGAGAGAGGGGGUCCAGACGGUAUAUUCGAUCUCCAGAUAAGGCCUUGGAAGCGGUGAUGAAAUGCUUGGGACCUCGCAUCGUGGAACAUAUCCACAAGCAAGCCUUCGGCCAGGGCUUUUCGGGAGGGAAAAAAGCAUCGCCUGACUUCGAAGAGGGGAAGACCGGAAAUCCUUCCGUUCCCUCAAAACUGCACAAGAAAGAAGGACACUCCCGGCACGGCUCCUCCGAAGCGAAGGCGAAGGUCACGGAGGCUGCUGAUGGCCCCAAGAAAGAAGAAACCGCCACGGAGGGAAAACCUAAGAAGCCGCCUUCCGAAGCGCCAGUGAAAGAAGCAGAUGCUCUGAAUAAGUUUUGGAGUAAACCCAGGAGUCUGGGGACUAUUCUUCAAAUAUCUGAAUUGCCAGAAGAUGGUUUUACAGAUCAGGACAUUAAGAAAAUAGUUCAGCCUUUCGGAAAAGUUAGUGACAUCCUGGUUGACCGUUGUAAGCAUGAGGCUUAUCUUGAAAUGAACUACAAGGAAGCAGUCAUAGCAGCUGUCAAAUUCAACGAAACAUCUCCCGUCCUUAUUAAUGGCAAGCGGGUGAAGAUAAGUGUUGCAGAAAAACCCAAAGUGGCUUCUACUCAGAGCAAAGGAAACGAGAAGAAAGUCGCGCAGAAUGUCAAGGAUCCUGCCCUGAAUAAUAAGAAAGAGCAGGUUGCGCCUGUGGUAAAGAUGAAGAGUAAAGAGACCCUGGUCUCCGCCGCCUCGAAAACCGAUACGAAGAAACCGGGGAAAGUUGUAAAGAGCGGGGAGCCCAAGGCCGCCGUAAAACCCAAGAAAACGACAGAGGCCAAGAAACCGGGCGCAGCAGCCGUAAAACAAAACAACACCGCCGAGGCCGCCCCCUCGGAAGAGGGGAAACCCCCCCCUAAGGGAAAAAAGGUGGCGGAGGCCGCCAAAUCGGUCGACCCCAAGGUCAAAGAGCCUCCGAAGACCAAGAAGCUGGCCGAGCCCAAGGACAAAGAAGGGGGGCCGAAGAGCAAGGACAAAGAAGGAGGGCCGAAGAGCAAGAAAGCGGGAGAACCCAAAGCGAAGGAGCCCGUCAAGGCCAAGAAGGGCACGGAUCCCAAGGCCAAAGAAUCGCUGAAGGCCAAGAAGGGGCUAGAAAACAAGAAAGCCAGCGAGCCCCCCAAGGCCAAGAAGGCUGCAGAGCCCAAAAAAGAGGGGGACUCGAAGGACGCCAAAGAGCCGGUGAAGGUGAAGAAAGUAACAGAGUCCAAAGAGUCUCCGAAGGAGCCGAAGGCUGGCGAGAGCAGCCAAGCCAGCGGAGAAUCUCAGGCCAAGGAGCCCAGCAAGCCAGCGGAAGCCCCAGAUAAGUCAGAAGCGGUGGAGAGUCCUGAAGUGGUGGAAUCUGCCAACAAGGACGCAGAAGAGAUGUGUGUCGUGAUGAUCUCCAGUUUCCCCGAGGCCGGGCUGAGUCUGGAGGAGAUCCGAAACCUAACCAAGCCCUUUGGGAAAGUCAAAGAUAUUUUAAUUGUGUCUUCGCAUAAAAAGGCAUACAUAGAAAUAAGUCGCAAAUCUGCAGAUUCCAUGGUGAAGUUUUAUACCUGCUUCCCAAUGUGGGUGGAAAGGAACCAGCUCUGCAUUUCUCUGGUCCCUGAGCUGAAGGAUCUAAAUGAGGAAAUGAUAUUUACUGCGAUGAUUAAAGAUGCCAAUCCAGAUGUGAACACGGAGUCGCUCUACACCCAGUUUGUGCAUCUGGGGAACCUGCCAGACGACGGCUACUCAGAGCUUGAAAUCCUUUGCGUCGGCCUCCGCUUCGGACGAGUGGAUCACUACAUGGUGAUAACUAAUAAGAACAAGGCGGUUCUCCAGCUGAACAGCGCCGAGUCAGCAGCCUCCAUGUGUCGCUUCUUAAAAAGGUAUCCCUACAGUUUGGGAGAAGUCCAGCUGACGAUCUCACGCUCGCCCAGAAUAGAACCUGCAGCUGCCGAUGCUGUAAAGAAAGAAGAGAAAACGCAAGAAGCAAGCCAAGAGAGCCCUGACUUGAAAACAAUUCCCGAAGGAUCAGGAGGGGUGCACCCAUCGGCUGUUCCUCCCACAGAGGCCAUGGAAGACUCGGAGGCUAUUCCAGAUAAAGAGCCCCUGGAUAGCCAGAAGACGGUAGGGGCAGGAGCUCCCCAGCCCCCGAAGACCGAAGACUCGGAAGAAGACGCGAAAACGAUAAAGGAAGAGUUUGGGCUCGGGAUUCCGAGCGCCGUUGAGGAUUCGGAGUCGUCGGAAAGGCAAGCUGAAGACGCCCGUGCUUUGACCUCCGCUGUGAAAAAGGAAGAAAAAGGGACUGAUCACCCUGACCAGGAAUUGCCGAGAAAGGCCUCGCCCUCGGGGGGGAAGGCAAACGAGGAGGCAGCUCCUCUUCCUGGGAAAGCGGAAGAAGCGCACGCUGCCUCGAAAGAAGGAACCCCCAGAGCCCUCUCGGCCUCAGCCGCGGAAGAAGGCACAAGUACAAACCUGGGGCCGGGCCCUACAGAAGGUGCCCUGGAGGAAACGCCAAGCGCGGAGACGCUGUCCAGGGACAGGCCCACGUCUCCAGAAGCCGAUCGUACGGAAGCCGCCGUGGGGUUAGCAGAAAUGCCGGCCCCCAAGGUUCAAGUGAAGAUGGAGGAAGAGUCGGGGGGCCUCCCUGCCGCCUCUCGAGCGAAGGUGGAGGUAGCAGCCAAGCCGGCGGGGGCGGAAACGAAGGAAAACCUAAAGGAAAAGUUUCAGCUGCAGUUGGCCAGGGUUGAAGUAACCCUGCAGAAGCUCCCUGAGAACCUGCUGUUAGGCACCGAAGAACUCAAACAACCAGAAGAGACCCCAGGAGAGAGCACCAAGGUGCAGCACCCCGAGCACGUUGUGCCAAAGACACCAAAGGGUAAAGGGCCGGGACAAACCGAAGCCGAGGAAUCCGGCAAAGCGAGCACGCCGGAGGCAGAGACGGCAGCCAACCCAGAGGCCGCUUCGCUCGGCAAAACGGCCCCGAAGGCUUCGAACCCAUCCAAGGCGUCGAGACUCACGGCUCGAAGGAAAGAGGAGAAGCCGGCCGGCAAGCCGGUCCCCAAGAGCCAAGGGCCGGCUGAGAAGACGCCGUCGCCGAAACAGCCGAGUCAACAAAGGCCCGCAAACGGUCGGCCCAGCGUCGGCCCAGAUAGCGCCAAAUCUAAGCUAAGCACGAGUUCGGUGGUGGUGGUUGCGUUAGGCCCUGGGAAGAGCUCCUCGCAGCAAGAGAAGGACCCCCCGGCGGAGACCAAGGGGAGUCCGAAGCAGAGCCGGGAGCCAGAAAGUAGAACCUCCACCCUCAAGCGGGAUGCCGGCGGCAAUAAGGUGUCUGCUGGGAGAAAUACCAGAGCCUCUAAAAGCACUCCCAAACCCAAAGAGGAGGAGGAGCUUUUCCCGUUUAAUUUGGACGAGUUUGUUACCAUGGACGAAGUGGUCGACGAAGUGGAGUCUCCUCAGCCUCGAAGGAACCCCGUAAGGGGCAAAAGGAAGGACCCGCCGAAGAAGAGCGUCCCCGGGGAGCCCAGCUCCAAGAGAAAGAAAGCCAAGGCGGCGGCGGUGGCGGUCGAGACCGAGGUCUCCUUCGUGACCUUGGAUGAAAUCGGGGAAGACGAAGGCGGGAUGGGCCAGGUGGAGCUCCUGAACCUGGAAGCCAUGACCGACGACCAGGGUCUGGUCACGGUGGACGAAGUCAACGAAGAGGAGGAGCUGAUCGACGAGGACAUGAAAGACCCGCAGUCGCUGGUGACCCUGGACGAGAUCUCCGAGCAGGAGGACGUCGCUCCUCCGGAGAUGGCCAAGGAGCCCUUUGCCUCCGGGGAGAGCGAGCCGGACCUGAAAACGGAGCCAUUGUUGACGGUGGACGAGAUCGGCGAGGUGGAGGAGCUUCCGCUGAACGAGCCGUCCCAUUUCAAGGACGAGGAGAUGCUCAAAGGCAAGGAAGAGGGGAAGGCCGGGGCCGAGCCGGCUGGGGAUUUUCUCUCCUCCCAGAUCCCGGAGGACCCCAGCGUUUUAGUCACGGUGGACGAGAUCCACGAGGACAGCGACGACCAGCCCUUGGUGACGCUAGACGAGGUGACCGAAGAAGACGAGGACUUCCUGGAAGACUUUAACCGCCUGAAGGAAGAGUUCAGCUUUGUUACUGUGGACGAGGUGGGCAGCGAAGAGGAGGAAGAGGAAGAGAAACCCGGCCUGUCUACCGGCAGGAAAUUGAAAGAAUCCACCAAAACCGCACCGGAGGAAGAAGCCGACCGGGACGUCCCGUUUUCUGCCACAUUAGAAAACUUUAAAAUUCCGGCCGCCCCCUUGCCGGAGCCGAGGGAGAGCGCUCCGAGGGAUGAGCUGCCGGAAGAGAAGGCGUCGGCAGACCAGCCGGAGGAUCCUCCGAGUGAGAACCCCAAAGCAGAAGAGGAGGUGGACCUAGGUAGGGAAAAGGCUGAGCUGGAGUCUAAAGAAGAAGAAGAAGGGCGAGGCGUGGAGCAGACAGACCCAGUAGCGGAAACCGAUUCAGGUUGCAAGCAGCCGCCGACAGAGCCGGUUGCGAACCAGAAGGAGCAGUCUUCUAGCAGCAAGAGGAGCGGUUCGCAGGAGAAGCAGCAGUCACUCGGUCGGAUGGAAUCCGACGUUGAACAGCCGGAAACUAAACAAAGGAAAGUAGAGUCCGCGGAGAAGCCGAAGGCGUCAAGCCAGCUGAAAGAUUUAGAUUUCCUGGUCCCCAAAGCGGGCUACUUCUGCCAGAUCUGCUCCUGCUUCUGCGUGUUCGAAGAAUCCAUGAAGAGCCACUGCCUGUCUCAGCUUCAUCAGCAGAAUAUGGAGAAAUUCAUGAUCAAGAGCACAGCCGAGGAGAAAGAAGGCACGGAAAAAGAGAGCUUAACGUGAUACGAAGACGGGGAGUGCCUCUGCGAAGUUUUAUUUAGGGUCCAGUUGCUUCUUCGUGUUUUACGUUCCUGUUUUAUUUUGUUUUUUUGUUCAUUUUUUUUUUAACUUGGUUCCUUUCGGGAGACUUUUCACGUCGUGUUUCCCUUCCAGAAGCAAGCUUAUUAAAAUGGUGUAGUGAUUUCGAUUGCUUUCCACCAACAACGGUGGAAGUUCUCAAAUAAAUUCUUACUGUAGAGUUGACGGGU